AGUAGCAGUGGCGAGUUAGUCGGCCCCACGAUCCCCUCUGGGAGACAGUGACCAGUGCCUCGGGCUCGGCCGCUGGGUCGUGUGGCGCACCCUUGCCCCGGGUUGGCGGGUGCCACGGCCUGGUCGGUGGGGCUCCCGGGACGGGUGGAGGGACUCCUGCUGUUGCUGCGGCGGGUGGAGUUUCCACCCCUAGUUCUGAGAGGAGGCAUUAAAUAAAAGAAGAAAAAAAGGGGCGAAAGCGCUACUUCAGAUGUGAUUUCACUUUUUUAAAAGGAAUCUCGCAGUAGCAAGAAAGUAAACCCUAGGGUAUUUGACUCUUUGGAGACACCUAUAGGGUUUGUACCUGAUUGGUUAAAUGGCGGCCCCGUGUCUGGAGUGGAAUUCACAAUAUCAGUGAUUUAAGUGACAGAGCCUUAUAUUUGAGGUUUUGUUUGGUCACAGUCCAACCACGUGACCUCGGAUAGGUUUUUGGGCCCCAGGUUACUUAACAUGGCAGUAAAAGUGGAUGUUGAUCUGGUUAAAAUGAAGAAAUGUCUUCUGUUAAAGGAAGUCCAAAACGGGAAAUAAUUUAUGAAUUUCACAGUGCAGCUGCCGAAGGAGAUAUGGCCAAGUUAACAGGACUACUCAGUCAUUCUCCAUCUCUUCUCGAUGAAACUUCUGAAAAUGGCUGGACUGCUUUAAUGUAUGCAGCAAGGAAUGGGCACUCAGAUGUUGCCCAGUUUCUGCUUGAGAAAGGGUGUGAUAGAUCAAUUGUCAAUAAAUCAAGGCAAACGGCACUGGAUAUUGCUGUAUUUUGGGGCUAUAAGCAUACAGCUAAUUUAUUAGCUAAUGCUAAAGGUGGGAAGAAGCCUUGGUUCCUAACCAAUGAAGUAGAAGAAUGUGAAAAUUAUUUUAGCAGAACACUACUGGAUCGCAAAAGUGAAAAAAGAAAUAAUUCUGACUGGCUGCUAGCUAAAGAAAGCCAUCCGUCCACAGUUUAUAUCCUUUUCUCAGAUUUAAAUCCCUUGGUCACUUUAGGUGGCAAUAAAGAAAGUUUCCAACAACCGGAAGUCAGGCUUUGUCAGCUGAACUACACAGAUGUAAAGGAUUACUUGGCUCAGCCUGAGAAGAUCACCUUGAUUUUCCUUGGAGUAGAACUUGAAAUGAAUAAAAAGUUACAUGAUCAUGCCAGAGAAGUCCCAAGAGAAGAGGAAGAUCAGUUGGUUGCUUGGUUUGCUCUAGGUAUAGAUCUUAUUGCUGCCAAAGAAUUUAAACAAAGACAUGAAAAUUGUUAUUUUCUUCAUCCUCCAAUGCCAGCUCUUCUGCAGUUGAGAGAAAAAGAAGCUGGAGUUGUAGCUCAAGCAAGAUCUGUUCUUGCCUGGCACAGUCGAUACAAGUUCUGCCCAACCUGUGGAAGUACAACUAAAAUUGAAGAAGGUGGCUAUAAAAGAGUGUGCUUGAAAGAAGACUGUCCUAGUCUCCAUGGUGUUCAUAAUACAUCAUACCCCAGAGUCGAUCCAGUAGUAAUCAUGCAAGUUAUUCAUCCAGAUGGGGCCAAAUGUCUUUUAGGCAGGCAGAAAAGAUUUCCCCCAGGCAUGUUUACGUGUCUUGCUGGAUUUGUUGAACCUGGGGAGACAAUAGAAGAUGCUGUUCGGAGAGAAGUAGAAGAGGAAAGUGGAGUCAAAGUUGGCCAUGUUCAGUAUGUCUCUUGUCAACCAUGGCCAAUGCCCUCCUCCUUAAUGAUUGGUUGUUUAGCUGUGGCAGUGUCUACAGAAAUUAAAGUUGACAAGAAUGAAAUAGAGGAUGCCCGCUGGUUCACUAGAGAACAGGUUGUGGAUGUUCUAACCAGAGGGAAGCAGCAAGAAUUCUUUGUGCCACCAAGCCGAGCAAUUGCACAUCAAUUAAUCAAACACUGGAUUAGAAUGAACCCCAAUCUCUAAAUCAAAGCACUAGGCUUUGAGUAUAAUUCUGUUUCUAAUACUACUUUUCAAUUGAGAUUUCAAGUAUUUAGUUCUCUUUAGAGUGUCAAAACACAAAAUACGCUGGCUGUCAGAAUAUUUUCAAAGUGUUCUCUCCUUCAUUAACCACAGAAUUCACAUUUUUAUAAAUUUCAACAUUGCCUUAGAUUUCUUUAAAUUUGGAUGAGAGUUUGAAAUUUUUUGAUUAUGCAUCAGUUUUAUCUUACAAACCAUAUUUCUAAUAAGAGACUUCAUGUUGUAAAGAAUAUGUUCUAGAAGUGUGAAUAAGCCUAAAUUUCAGUCCUCUUAUAAGUAUUAGUCUGCUCACUAAAAUUCUUUAUGUGAGAAAUGAAACAAAAUUUUAAUGAAUUUUGAGCUAAUAUUGAUUUUUAGGCAUUUAAUUGCCAUAAAGAUCCUUUAAGUUAUCAAGAUCUGAUUUUUGCUCAUUUUUCUGUUGCAGUACCACUUAACCUUUCUUCCUAGUUCUGUUACACUAGUAGUGGUGCUGUCACUGCUAGUCUAGUUUGACCAGUGCUAAGGAUUUCUUAUUUUAACAACCAGUUUUAUUAGUGAUCUCAGAAUACCACAUUCAUAGAAGGAGAACUAACAAGAGAGCAUACCACUGUGUCUGGAACUUCUUCUUUAGACCUAAAAUUAAUUAAUUUACCUAUUUAUAUAUUACUUAUGCCCAAAGUUGUUCAUAAGAUAAAUCAAGAUUCUUUGCUUUUUCACUGAAAUUAUGCAUAUUUGAAAGGAAUUAUCCUCAAAGGUCAGAUAUUAAUUAAAUCUCAGAUAUAUUUACAUAUUCAAUUAAAAGCAAGUGUAUUUCAUUUUGUGAUGAGGAAUGUAUCUGUGUUAGCAAAAUAAAUUAUAUAAUCAUUACCAUCAGUACUUAAAAUGUUCAACUCCAACAUCUUUAUUUUGACUUUAACACAUUCUAAAAAGCCGUAGUAAAAUGAGUGCAUUUUAGAGUUGAAUCAGUAAGAUUCCAGCGAAAGUAAAUUGUACUAGUUCACAGUUUUGCAGCAUAGAAAUAUAUAUUUUACAAGGUUGUUUUGAAAUUGUUUUAAAAGAUGUUUAUAAAUGUACAAAUUUAUAUAAUUUAGCUCUUUACUCUUAUAUGUUAGAAUUGGAAGAGACUUUGAGAUACUAUAUGAACUUCAUUGCCUUCAUUUUAUAGUUAAGUAAAAGGAAAUCCUGGGCCGAAGAUUUAGCUCAGUGGUUUCGCCACCUGCUGCGCAAGCACAAGCACAAGGACCCGAGUUUGAUCCCCGGUACCAAAAAAACAAAAAAAGGAAGUCCUGGAAGGUACAAUUCACUAAUUGGUGAAAAUUAUGCCAAUAAUUAAUUAUAACAGCCUGUGCUGUGUAACCCAGGGCAAGAGUCUCUAAUAGUAAUGAAAAGCUUUUACCAAAAAUGCAUGUGGAAUAGAUGGGAUGAAAAGAAUAAAUUUAGUUUGCCAAAUAUUGCUAAACCUUUAGGCAUAAUACUUCAGUAUUUAAAUUAAAAAGAUAACUUUGUUGGAUAAAACUUUUACUAAUGAGCAAUUUUUAGUAGUUAAUGGAGGCUUAUUGAUAUCAGAACUUUAAACUAAAUUAAGACUUACACAGGACCUUUAUAGACAUGAUAUAAUAGUGACUGCAUAAUUAUAUGGAAAGUAAGGUACUUCGGUUAUUAUGAAAUAUAAUGACUUAAGGUUCAGUUUUACUCCAAAUGUACUUUUAAUACUUGCAGAUUCUAGCAUUACACAGUAAAAUUCCGGGUUUACCUAAUGUUAGGGUUGGAAAGUAAAAUAUAAAGUGUCAACAAAUAUAGGUAUAAAUUUAGUUUCAGAUAUUUUGUACUUGAGGAAAAUCAGUAUCUAAAUUAUUGGUUUAAUAAUUAUUACUAAAUUGCUAACCUCUGAGAGGUGAAUAAGUACAUGUAAAUAGAAGGAAUAGCCAAUUCAAAAAAUAAUAAAGGUGUGUCAUGAAUGUAUUCUAAUGGAAAUGAAUGUGACAUUAAAAUAUUUAUUUUCUGUUU